AUGUGGGAAAGUCUAAAAGAAAAAAUAGCAGAAUGUAAGUGUAAUGAAAAUUUUAUGUUGGAUUUUAUAGGAAAUACUAGUCAGAUUCCUUGUACUGAAGAAAUAUGCUUAAUCAAGUGGUAUAAUACAAAUAAAGAGUUAUAUAAUGAGGAUUUUUUAGAAAAUUUGGAAUUUACGAGUUUACAUGAAAAUAUAGAAAAUUCUUUACAAAAAAUAGAAAAUAUAAAAAAUCAUAAACACUUUAAUUCUAUUAUAUUACACAAUUUAAAUAUUAGAAAUUAUGAAAAUAUUACUAAUGAAUUAAUUAAAAACGAAAAUAUAACGAAUGUUAAUUUUUAUGCCUUUUCUAAAAAUUAUUUAAAAUUUAUUAAGUGCAUAAAUUUAUCGAAGGAUAAUAAAAAAUCUAUAAAUUUUACAAAAAUUGAUGUUUUUAAAAUUGUAUUUUCUGAUAAAUAUAUUGAUAAAACUAUACAUAACUUUUUAGAUAAAUUACUACUUGAUCCUGUGAACUAUAAUGAGCAUGACAAGCAAAAUUUUAUCAUCAUUUUAUUGUAUUCAUAUUUAUAUGCCUUAAAUCUUAAUUUACCGAUAAAAAAACAAAUAUAUAGUAAACUGAAAAAUAAUAUUUUUUUACUAAAAAGCGAUACGAAGUUUAAUAUAUUUUUCACUAAAGAUUACAACAUUGAUAAAUAUAUUAUUACACAAAAAAACUUUGAAAAUUUACAUGAAGAAUCAACAUUUUUAAAUUUUUUUUACCAGGAUUAUUUAACUAAGCACAAUGUUGAAAAAGAAACUUUUUUAAAUUUUUUAAAUAGAAUUAAUAAAGUCAUUCUUAACAUAGAAAAAAGAUACUUGCUACAUUUUGUUAAAAGAGUAUUUUUACUACAUACUGUUUUGUAUAAUUCAAUAGAUGAUUUACAAGUUUAUAAAACAGUGAUAGAUUUUUUUAAAAAAAAAGUUUGUAAAUUCGAUUCAGAAAAUAUAAAAGAAUGCAUUUUAAACUUUUACAUUACUUUAAUUAAUAAAAUAGGACAAAUAGAGGUUUAUAAUAUGGUCAUUGAUCAUAUUGUUAAUAAUUUAGAUAAUUUUAUGAAAUUAGAGCAUUUUAUUUUCAAAUUUAAUUUUUUACAAGUUAGAACAUGGGCCCAAUUUUUGCUUUUUAUUGAAGAAAAUAGGGAUUCAUUUAAUAAUCUUACUUAUGCCUUAGAACUUCUUUUUUAUUCCUCUGAAUAUGUUUUUACAGAUAGUUUUGAAAGUGUAUGUAAUCUUAUUAAUAUAUACUUAUCUAUACACAGUAUUCUUAAGUUAGAUCAUCUAUUUAAAUUUAUUAGGUCUUAUUUUAAACAUUUAAAAAAACUUUUUGAAAUAAUAUACAGUAAAUUGGUUAGCAAUUUAGAUCUUAAUAAUAUUUUAGAUUAUUAUAAUCUCAAUUCCGAUAUAAUUUCUAAAGUAAUUUUGACUUUACAGCGAUACGCUGUGCUUUGUAAUGAAGAUCUAAAAAAAGAUAAGAAAAAAGGAUCUAGAAAAUCAUCUGCUGAGUUACUAUUUCAUUCAUUUGUUAAUGUUAUUUAUAAAAUUGAGGACAUUCUUGUAAAUUUGUAUGGUAACAAAGUUAAAGCUACAAAAAAAAGAUCAUUUGUAGUAAAAGAAAAUAAUCAAACUUAG